CGGGACACCCCUUUUGACAGUUCUUCAGCAAGGAGGGUUAGUUGCAAGGGUUUGUAUCAUAACAUCGGGUCGUUUCAGGCAACGUAGAGACUCAUUAAUGGAAUUCGCCCGUCCGAAAAAGACAACCAUUCCUUUUGCAACAGAUGUUUUGAAUUAUGUUGACGUGGUAAAAACAUGAAUAAACCCAAGAUGGCAACGGAGAAAGGUGUUCCCAGUAACUCCCGGGUGCUGAUGCUGCUGUCUCAGCUGGAGAGGAUGAACGGAGACACCAUGCUGGUGGACGCUGACAUGGGCCGGCAGGUCACCUCCAAGAUCCUCCACCUCAUCCAGACCCAGGAGAAGACCAGGAAGGAGGUCAUGUCCAAAGGUUCCAGUGGUAUGGAGGUGAUCCUGGCGUCUCUCGAGAACACACGGGAUCUUCAAACCAUCCUGAACAUUCUGUAUAUCCUCAAUGAGCUGUUGACCGUGGGCGGGGGGCGCAGGGUGGGGGUGUUUGUGUCUAAGGGGGGGACGGGCGUCCUCCUCCAGCUGGUCCUCUCGGCCAGCAAGGACACGCCCCCCAGCGAGGAGCUCCUGCUGCAGCUGCACUCCCUGCUCGCCAAGGUCGGACCCAAAGACAGGAAGUUGGGUGUGAAGGCUCGUUUGAACGGUGCUCUGAACGUGACUGUGACCCUGCUGAAGCAGAACCUCCAGAACAACAAGCUGCUGCUGCCAUGCCUGCAGGUCCUCAGGGUUUACUCUGCCAACUCCGUCAAUGCCAUCUCCCUGGGGAAGAACGGGGUAGUGGACCUCAUGUUCAAGAUCAUUGGGCCUUACAGCAAGAAGAACACCACUCUGCUCAAAGUCUCUCUGGACACGCUGGGGGUGUUGCUUAAGUCCAAGACGAACGCUCGGCGUGCGGUGGACCGCGGCCACGUGCCGGUGCUGCUGGCGGUGUACCAGGACUGGCAUCGCAACGACACGCGCCACCGCCACAUGCUGAUCCGGAAGGGUCUGCUGACCUGCCUGAAGAACGUCACUAACAUCAAGCUGGGCAGGAAGGCCUUCGUAGACGCUGACGGCAUGAGGGUGCUCUACAACACCUCCACGGAGUGUCUGCCUGUGCGCACCCUGGACCCCCUGGUCAACACGUCCAGCCUGAUCAUGAGGAAGUGCUUCCCUAAGAACCGCCUCCCCCUGCCCACCAUCAAGAGUGUGUACCAGCACCUGCUGCCCCACCUCUCAGCAGGGGGGCCUGUGGCCCUGCUCUACAGCCAGGCCCCGGGGGGGGCCUCUAGAAAGCAGGUGUACGUGAAGCCCUCCAGGGUGGAUGAUGUCGUGGAUGAGAGUGACGAUAACGAGGAGGCCGAGGGAGACACGGAGAACGACACGGAGAACGAGGAGGAUGAGAAGGACCACCAUGCCGCCAACGACGACAUCGAGACGGACCUGAACAAGCUGCGACCUCGGGAGAACACCAGACGGCCGUUUGAUGAGCUCAGGGUGUACGAGCGCUUCUUUCUGGAGCUGUCUGAAGACUUCCAGGGCUUCAACUUUGAAACUCAGAAGACAGGCGUCACCGGAACACAAGCAUCAAACAAGACCCAGCGACCGAUCAUCCUCCCCACAGCUCAGGCUCUGCCCCCCAAACGGCCUAUCCCUGCACGGGCAGAGAGUCACCUGGCCAAAGGGGAACACGCCUCCUCCCCAGCCCCGCCCCCUCCGUUGGAACUGGACAGCAUCCUCAUCAGCAAGGACCAAGACUGCCCGCCUCGCCACGCCCCCAGACCCACCCCGGAGGCGGGGCUAGAGCAGGAACUGGCGCAGAAGAUGGAGCGGGUGUCCCUGGAAGGGGCGGGGCCACCGAGCGGAGCCGGAGGAUUGGGCGAAGUCGCGGGGGGCCGGCAAGUGCAGCCUCCCUUAUUGGCCGGGGGCAUGGUCGGGGGCGUGGUCGGGGGCGUGGCUUCAUGGCGGGCAGCAGGAGGAGGGGGAGGAGUCGAGGGCUUGGGGGAGGAGGGGCCUGAGGAGGAGGGGGCGGUGCUGGAGGUGCCAGACACUGCCCUGCUCCUCCCCCUCCACGACCCUGACCUGUACGUGGAGAUGGUGAAGAGCACCUCGUCCGUGCCCCAGUUCUCGGAGGUGGCCUACCCAGACUAUUUCGGACACGUGGCGCCCACCUUCAGAGAGCCCAUCCUGGAGAGGGUGUACGGGGUACAGAGGUCUAAGAUCUUCCAAGACAUCGAGAGGAUGAUCCACCCCAACGACAUCCUGGACAAGGUGGUGUACGACUUGGACGCCCCCAGCUGUCCCGUCCUGGAUGAUGGAGAGUCCCUCAAGUUCAACUCCCAGUUCGAGUCUGGCAACCUGAGGAAAGCUAUUCAAGUCAGGAAGUUUGAGUAUGACUUGGUGUUGAACUCGGACAUCAACAGCAACCACUACCACCAGUGGUUCUACUUUGAAGUUAGCGGCAUGCGUGUGGGCGCCCCCUAUCGCUUCAACAUCAUCAACUGUGAGAAGUCCAACAGCCAGUUCAACUACGGCAUGCAGGUGCUGAUGUACUCUGUGCAGGAGGCGAUCAGUGGCAGCCCUCGCUGGGUCAGAACAGGCACAGACAUCUGCUACUACAAGAACCACUUCUCCCGCAGCUCCUUGGCAGCGGGGGGCCAGAAGGGAAGGUCCUACUACACCACCACCUUCAGCACCGCCUUCAGCCACAGGGACGACGUCUGCUACUUCGCCUACCACUACCCAUACACCUACUCUACUCUCAAGAUGCACCUGGCCAAGCUGGAGGCCCUGCAGACGCCGCAGAUCUACCUGCGUCAGGACGUGCUGUGUGAGACGCUGGGGGGGAACCCCUGCCCCCUGCUGACCAUCACCGCCAUGCCCGAGUCCACCAGCAACGAGCACAUCUGCCAGCUCCGGAACCGUCCUCUGGUGUUCCUGUCGUCGCGGGUCCACCCAGGGGAGACUAACGCCAGCUGGGUGAUGAAGGGCACCCUGGAGUUCCUGAUGGGCACCAGCCCACAGGCUCACAGCCUGCGAGAGACCUACAUAUUCAAGAUCGUCCCCAUGCUCAACCCUGACGGGGUGAUCAACGGCAAUCACCGGUGCUCUCUGAGUGGGGAGGACCUGAACAGACAGUGGCAGAGCCCUGUCCCUGACCUGCACCCCACCAUCUACCACACCAAGAGCCUGCUGCAGUACCUGGCUGCCAUCCAGAGGGCGCCGCUGGUGUUCUGUGACUACCACGGUCACUCCAGGAAGAAGAACGUGUUCAUGUACGGCUGUAGCGUGAAGGAGACUGUGUGGCAGUCCAACAUCAACGCCACCAGCUGUGACCUGCACGAGGACCUGGGCUAUAGGACCCUGCCCAAGAUCCUGUCCCAGACGGCCCCUGCCUUCAGCAUGGCCAGCUGCAGCUUCGUGGUGGAGCGCUCUAAGGAGGCCACGGCCCGGGUGGUGGUGUGGAGGGAGAUAGGGGUCCAGAGGAGCUACACCAUGGAGAGCACACUGUGUGGCUGCGACCAGGGCAAAUACAAGGGGCUCCAGAUCGGCACCAGGGAGCUGGAGGAGAUGGGAGCCCAGUUCUGUGUGGCCCUGCUCAGGCUGAAGCGGCUGACCUCCCCCCUGGAGCUCCGUCACCACCCUCACCUGCUGGACGUGGAAGGCGACAUGAUCGAGACGCGCGUCAAAGUAGCCAGCAGCCCGACCACCUACGUGCUGGAGGAGGAUGAGCCGGCGUUCCUGGAGGAGGUAGACUACAGCGCCGAGAGCAACGACGAGGACCCCGACAACGACCCCGACAACGACCCCCAGGACAGCCUGGUCCGCUCCGAGGCCAACCACAGGGACUCGCUCACCUAACCUGACCCCUGAUCUGACUCUGCUGCCUCACAGAUCUAACCAACCUGCCUUCUCUCUUUCUGUCUCCUCUCUCCUUCUCUCCCCUCUGUCCUCGCCUGCCCCUGACUUCACUUCCUCCUCAGUUCUGACCUCACUUCCUCCUCCUGUCUGUGGUGCAUCAUGGACUUUGGGAGUCCGUGCUCUAUCUGCCUUUCACUCUGAUCCACAUGGUAGAAUGUUCACGAGUUUCACACGAGGCACACACUCUUGUGACUACACGCUCACUCACACACACACACACACACACACACACACACACACACACACACACACACACACACACACAGCACAUGUUCAC